AUGUCGAAGGAGGGUGAUUGUGUUGAGUUCAGGGCGUGGAAAAACAUGGUGAGGCACCCGUUUGUAAUUUACGCGGAUUUCGAGGCGAUCUUGGCGAAGGCGGAGGAGGCGAGAGGGGGUAGUACCACGAUUAUUCAAAAACACGAAGCGAUGAGCUACGGGUUUUUGGUGAAGGCGAGCGAGGACGUGCCGGCGGAUUUAUUGGUUCAACACGAGAUACCGGCGGGGCCGGUAAUCUACAGUGGCAGCGAAGACAGGACGGACGUGGCGAGACAUUUCAUGGAGUCGAUUGUUGAUGUGGCCCGGAAAAUUGAAGGUCUGAUGAAGACGAACAUUCCUUUAAUCAUGACCGAGGGUGAAGAAAAAACACAUCAAGAGUGUAAUGCGUGUAACUUAUGCAAAUGCAUAUUAGUCGGGGGCGAUAAGGUUAGGGAUCAUGACCAUCUCACGGGCAAAUUUAGGCAGACCUUGUGCUCCAGGUGUAACCUGGAGUUGCAACAACCUAAAUUUGUCCCCGUAUAUUUCAUAAUCUCUCAAACUACGACUCGCACUUCAUAA